ACAAAAAAAAAAAAACGAAUAGACCAAAAGCCUUUAGAAUUCAAGACAAGAGUUUUGUGUAACUUUUCUCUUCCUUAUCUAAAAAAAAAAACUAAUCCAAUACUUCUCCAUCUAAAAACCAUUUCCGUUCCUUCUACAUUAUACAAAAAAAAAAGAAUGUCGUAAUCAAUACAAUACAACAAAGUUCACUAAAGAUAAAAAGAUAAACAAAAUGAGCAACAAACCGGACUCGAUCGUGGUCAACGGAAACGGUGGCGUGGAUAGAAGAUCAUACACAUACACAAAUCUCGACAAAAAUGCCGGUCCCGAAGAAUUAAAGAUUCUUUGUUUUACAUUGACCUACUACAACAAGACAACACAGUUCAUAUGCUGUUGCACUGGAGUUUUUGUACUCUACCUUCUUUAUGGCUAUAUGCAAGAACUCAUAUUCACUUUGGAUGGUUUCAAGCCAUUCGGCUGGUUCUUGACUCUAAUUCAAUUCUUCUACUAUAUUCUCUUUGGUCUGUUUGAGAGAAAAAUUGAAAAUAAAAUCCAAAAACGAUGUAUUCCAAUGAGAACGUACGUUAUUUUGGCCGCUCUCACUCUGGGCACCAUGGGUCUAUCGAAUUCUAGUUUAGGCUAUUUGAAUUAUCCUACCCAGGUUAUCUUUAAAUGUUGUAAGCUUAUUCCUGUCCUAAUUGGAAGUAUUUUGAUACAAGGCAAGAAAUACGGUCCGUUGGAUUUUCUUGCGGCUAUUGCAAUGUGCCUUGGGUUGGCUUUGUUUACUUUGGCCGACUCGAAAGUAUCACCAAAUUUCAAUACCUUUGGUGUGGCAAUGAUUUCUAUGGCAUUGCUUUGUGAUGCUGCCAUUGGCAAUGUUCAAGAAAAGGCUAUGCGUGAACAUAAGGCUCCCAGUAGUGAGGUUGUCCUCUAUUCUUAUGGACUGGGAUUUUGCUAUUUGUUCAUUAUUAUGAUACUCAGUGGAAACUUUACACCGGGAUUGCAAUUUUGUUUGGAGUUCCCCACAGAAACAUUUGGAUAUGCUUUUCUAUUCAGUUUAUCCGGUUAUUUGGGAAUACAUUUUGUAUUGGCUUUAGUGAGAUCGACUGGUGCUCCAAUUGCAGCAACUGUAACAACGGCACGCAAAGCUGUAACAAUUGCUAUUUCUUUUGUAUUCUUUAGCAAACCAUUUACAAUGCAAUAUUUAUGGUCAGGACUUAUAGUGGUUUUUGGAAUUUAUAUUAAUGUUUAUAGUAAAAACCAUAAACUUACAUUCCGUGACGUGCAUCUAAAGUGUAAGAAUCUUCUUAAUGUCCUUAGUAGAACAUCGAAUAGAAGGUUCCUCAUGGAGGUGUAAAAAAAAUUAGUUUUGAAUUUUUUAGGAAAAAAACUACAUUAUAAUUAUACCAAACAGUUUUAGUGAUAAUAAUAAAUUUUAGAAAAUUUAAACAUAA